AUGGCUGAGGAACAGAAGCCCGUUGAGGUCGCCGCCCCGGUGAUCAAGGAGGAGACCGCCGCCCCCGUCGUCGUUGAGGAGGCGCCCGCUGUUGAGGCUGCCCCCGUUGCUGUCGUCGAGGACAAGCCCGCGGAGGAGGCUAAGCCGGCCGAGGGUGAGGAGGCCGAGCCUGCCAAGGAGGAGGACAAGAAGGAGGAGGAGGCCAAGCCCAUCGAGGAGGGCUUCCUGGGACACAAGGCCCAGGGCGCCAGCUUCCCCAAGAACCUGAUCGCCAGCAAGACUUUCCUCUUCUUCGGCAACGAGGCCGUCGAGGCCGAGGUGCUCGCCGCCUACAAGAAGGCCGAGAAGCACGUCGAGACUGCCCAGCACAACAUCGCCUGGGCUGCGCACACUGGCAAGGGUCUUCUGUUCAUUGGUGACAAGAAGGCCCCCCAUGGCGUCAUCAACCUGGCUGAUGCCACCGAGCCUGAGACCGACGGCUCUCACAAGUUCCACUUCUCUGCCAAGGGCAACAAGCACACCUUCAAGGCCAACUCCGCCGCCGAGCGCGACAACUGGGUUGCCCAGCUGAAGGCCAAGAUCGCCGAGGCCAAGGAGCUCGCCGCCACCGUCACUGAGUCCGAGGUCUACAAGCAGACCAUUGAGAGCCUCAAGCCCGCUGCCAAGGAGGAGAAGGCCGAGCCCGCCAAGGACGAGGCCGCACCCGCUGAGGAGGCUGCUGCCAAGGCCGACGAGCCUGCUGCUGAGGAGGAGGCCGCCGCCGCCCCCAAGGAGGAGACCAAGGACGAGCUCAAGGUCGAGGAGCCUAAGCGCCGCUCCGCUAGCCGCAAGCGUGCUUCUUUCUUCGGCUUUGGCAAGAAGGAGGAGAAGAAGGACGAGGCCAAGACCGAGGAGGCCGCCGCCACUGAGACUCCCGUCGUUGUUGAGCCCGUCCCCGAGGCUGAGGCUCCUGCUGCUGAGGAGGUCCCCGUUGUUGCUGAGCCCGCUGCUGAGGGCGAGACCAAGCCCGCCGAGGAGGCUGCUCAGCCCGAGUCCCCCAAGGAGAAGCCCGCUGUCAACAAGCGCACCAGCUUCUUCGGCAACGUCUUCUCCAAGAAGGAGAAGAAGGCCGCCGAGGCCAAGCCCGAGGCUGAGUCUCCCAAGGAGGAGGACGAGGCUGCCGCCACCACCGAGGCUGCCCCCGUCAUCCCUCCCGUCGAGGCCACCACUCCCCUGGCCGUCGACGUCAGCAGCCCUGCCACCGUCCCCACCGAGACCACUGAGGCUGCUGUGACCAACGGCGAGACCAAGAAGGACAAGGAGAAGCGCAAGUCUUCCCUGCCCUUCACCUUUGGCAAGCGCGACAAGUCUCCCGGCCCCGGCUCCGAGGGCGAGGAGAAGUCCGGCAAGGGCGCGUUCUCCAAGCUCCGUGCUACCAUCAAGGGCAAGGGCGCCGCCAAGCCUGAGGACAAGCCUGCCGAGGAGUCCAAGGAGGAGGACGCCAUCAAGGAGGAGGAGGAGACUCCCGCCGCCGCCGCCACCGAGGAGGCCCCCAAGGAGGAGGCUGCCAAGGAGGAGGAGGUCCCCAAGCCUGAGGAGGCCGAGACCAAGCCCGAGGCUGCCGCUCCCGCCGCCCCCGUCGUCACUGCCGCCGCUUAGAGAACUACUCCUCGACAGUGACAGCUUUACGACUUCAAGAAGACACACUUUGCAAAACUUUCCUUUGAUAUAAUUGUCACCAAAAAAACACGCAUGAGAGGACUGGGAAUGGAAGGAUCUGCAUUUCUUCACAAGAUACCAAGAUACCCUGUCGAGACUGCUUUCACUGAUACCACUUUCCAU